GUGGAUUUAGACACGCAGCAACAUUACAUUUUGGGAUCUGUGGACUGCUCGUGCGUUUUCACGGUUAUCUGCCCAAAGAGGAAAUAGUACCGAAGCCCUCUACGAAUACAGACUUCUUAAGUGCACCCGACAAACCGUUGAUCAACAUGGCACUGGAUGGAUGUGGCAUCGUCUGCAAAUAUAUCCUCAUCCUUUUCAACCUCAUCUUUGCGCUGCUGGGUUUUGCCUUCCUGGGUCUAGGCCUGUGGCUGAGGUUCAGCAAUGGCACCAGAGGCAUCUUUGGAAUGGAUAUUCCCUACACACAGACAUUUGUUUUUGGUGUGACGGUGCUGAUAGCUCUGGGUUCAGUGAUGCUCAUCGUGGUGAUGUUUGGAGACUACGGGGCCUGCAAUGAGAAAAAAUGUGCUCUGCAAGUGUUCUCUGCCCUUCUGGCCAUUCUAGCUGGAGCUGAAAUUGUUGUCGGAGUGCUUGCUUAUUCCAGGAGAUAUGAGGUUGGAGCAAACAUUGCAGAGUUCUACAAUAGCCUGUAUGGUCUGUAUAUAAACGGAGGAGAUCCAGGAAUUGGUGUCACUCUCACAUUCAUCCACAACAUGCUUCACUGCUGUGGAAUGACGGGGAUCUCGCUGGUAGAGAUAGUUAAACAGACCUGUCCUAAACCAGAUGGAUUCAUGGAGAAGCUCGUCAUGCCCAACUGUCCUGGUGUCAUCACAAACAUCUUUGACAGUAAAGCGCCACUCGUGAUGGGCAUCUUCGUUGGAACUGGAGCUCUGUUGAUUACUGCCCUGGUCUGCACCAUUAUCCUCCUGCAACAGAUCAAGAAAACCAGUCGGGACGUCGCUGCCUACUAUUCGAGUGUGUACUAAAGAAGAGGAUUCAGUUAAACCCUCCUGCCUCAUCAGUCAAGACCAUUGCUGGAAUUCAGGCUCAACCAGCAAAUCAUUGUUUACAGGCUUUCCUCUGUAUGUCAACUACUGAUGUGAUCACACUAGUAUUUGAAGUAGAAGUGUGUUCAAUUGCAUUUUUAUAUCCUGAAACAUUACAUUGAGCUCAUAAUCUGACCUGUUUUGAAACUGCAAAACAAAACCAAACAACUGCUUUGCUCAGAGAAAACAUUAAUAUUUUAUUGUGCUUUUUAAGUAUUUUUUAUUCCCUUGGUGAAAUUGAUCUUAUUCAUAAUUUGCCAUUAUUCAUCCAACUCGAAACUGUGACACUGUGUGUAGUAACCUGACGAUCAGAACAACACAUCCAUUUAAUGACAAAUUCAUUUGGGGAGAGGAUAGUACAACAACAAAUGUUCACGUGCCUGUUACACAUUUUAGCAGCUCUCUUAAUAUGCAGUGUUUUGUGACAUGAUGACAUCAGUUCUAAUACUUUUACUCAAGUUCUGUGCUUUUUAAAAAAAAAAAAAAAAAAAGUCUAUUUUCUAUUGCUUCAUGUUCAACAUUCACUGAGCCGUGACAAAUACCACCAUUUGUGUUAGGGAUGUAUGUAUGAAUACUAAAGGGAUCAUUUUCCACCUUUAAAUGGGAGUUCAUUACAUUUUAAGGUGUUGUGCUGCAUCAUCUUCACACCGGUCAUUAAGAUUGUCAGGGUUUUAAUGACUGGACGGUUAGCUUCACUUUGUUGAUACUCUUUAUUUUAUUACUGUAGAGGUGUAAAGUUAUAUUGGUACUAAAAUAAUUUUUAUUUGCUGUUGUUUUGUUAAAUGAGAAAAAAAAAAAGGCAUUCCACUUGAUUUCCUUUGUUCAUGAUGUGCGUUCAAAAGGCUGCAGGUUCUGCAGGCCUUAACUCAGUCAUCAGCUUCCGUUUGAGGCGGUUCAACUGACUUUAUGAAGAUUUCAAGCUGCUGUGGAAAGCACCUUGUCGUUAAAAACAAAUAGUUCAACUUUCAUUCCCUCAGGUUUCUGUUCCUGAUUAAGUGUCCUACUGAAAAAAAAAAAAAAAAAAAAAAGAUGCUGAAGCUGAAAGCCUUGAACUGCUUGUGCUCCUUUUCUCUCUGUAAUGUUAGUACACACUAUUACAUUGCACUAUAUUGUUUUUAAGUUCAAUUUUAGAAAUAAAUAUUCCAAUUUUUGUUUUUUGUUUUUCUUCUUCGACACCACUUGUGCACUUGUUUCCAUAAAAUAACAAAACAAAAUG